UUCGAUUUAUAAUUUGGCUAAAUUAGCUGGAAAAUAUUAUCAAAAAUGGUUAAAUAAACCAAAUCGGUUAGCUGGACCAUACGGUAUUAACAUCACACUCAUUGACUUCUUUUCAACAGCUUACCCAACAUAUAUACAUGAUGUUGUAUUGCUAAACUAUAAAACUUGGCCAACGGAUAAAACUUCCAAUUAA